GAGCCUCACUGGCAAGAGCCCGUGAUGUUGGAGCUUUACAGGGUACGUGACACGAUUGUGUCUGUGGCAAGGAGGGAUCAAAGGAGUUGGGAAGAGGAGGGGCGCGGCGUUUGCUCAAAGACUCAGGGUCCGCGAACCGUUGUGGCUGACCUGCUCGCUCGCACAGGCCCACUUUCAGCGUGGGAACAUCUCCUCCCCACGAUAUAAAAUUUGCAUUCAACGCU